UGGUCCCAGUCUGAUAGUGUUUGCGGGAGUACCAGUCAGUCAGUCACACAGAUGUGGACAGUUAGUCAAUGCUAGAGGCUGUAAAUCUUUAGUGUUAUGGUUUAUGUAGACAAAGGUCAGAGCAGAGAAUGAAAAGAGGCUGACUUAUGUCAUUGACUCAUUAUUAUCCUAGAGAUCAACAGUGUUGAGGGGAGGAGCUUACAAGUUUACAGGUUACAGCUGCAGCUUUACUCCGCUACAACACCCAGCCGUAAGAGGAGGCCUUGGCUCAGCAUGAGAGGCUAUGAGGAUAACACAGCCUUCCUGGGGGAGUGGGGACCCUUUCAACAGACUGUCUUCUUUCUGCUCUGUGCCAGCACCAUUCCCAACGGAUUCAGCGCCUUCUCCGUCAUCUUUCUAGGGGACAGCCCCCCGCACCACUGUUUUGUCCCAGACUCGGGCAACCUGAGCAAGGCAUGGAGGAAGGCCAUCAUUCCCAUAGAGGUGGUGAACGGACAGGAGAAGGAGAGCAAGUGCAGCAGAUACAGGCUGGAUGUGAUCAGAAACCUGUCUGCUCUGGGCUACAUCCCCGGCCUGGACGUCAACCUCACUGGGGUGGAGCAGGAGUACUGUGUGGAUGGAUGGAGCUACAGCAAAGAUAUAUACCAGUCCACCAUAGUCACUGAGUUUGACUUGGUGUGCAAUGACAAAUGGAAGCAGCCAUUCACUUCCUCUGUGUACUUCCUUGGGGUGCUGUGUGGCUCCUUCUUCUCUGGACAGCUCUCUGACCGGUUUGGGCGAAAGCCUGUCCUUUUUGUGACCAUGGCAGUCCAGACACUCUUUACCUUUGUUCAAGUCUUUUCUCAGUCCUGGGAAAUGUUCUCAGUCCUCUUCUUCAUUGUGGGACUGGGGCAAAUAUCCAACUAUGUGGCAGCGUUCGUAUUGGGCACAGAAAUCUUGACGGCCACCGUACGUGUCCUAUACGUUACACUGGGGGUGUGUCUGUUUUUUGCCUUCGGCUACAUGAUGCUGCCUCUCCUGGCAUUCUUCAUCCGGGACUGGAGGUCGCUCCUUCUGGUUAUGUCUGUGCCUGGCCUGGUAUACAUCCCCCUCUGGUGGUUCAUCCCAGAGUCUCCCAGAUGGCUGCUCUCUCAGGGAAGAGUGGAGGAGGCUGAGGCCAUACUGAGAGACGCUGCCAGGAGGAACAGAGUCACAGCACCAGAGGUCAUCUUUGAGGAGUCAGAGGGUGAAGAGAAACCUAAACCAGAGGAACAUCACAGUCCUCUGGACCUCCUGAAGACUAGCAACAUUCGUAAAAUCACCCUCAUAUUGGCUCUAGUGUGGUUCACCCUGAGUAUGGGCUACUUCGCCAUAUCCCUGAACACAUCCCGUCUCCAUGGAGACCCCUACGUGAACUGUUUCAUCUCUGCUGCCAUCGAGGUGCCUGCUUAUGUCAUCAGCUGGCUCUUCUUGCGCUACCUACCCAGGAGGAUAUCUGCCUCCGCUAGCAUGCUGCUAGGAGGGGGAGCUCUCUACUUCAUCCAGCUGGUACCACCAAGUCUACCUAGCCUAUCCAUAGCCCUGGAGAUGUUGGGUAAAUUUGGCAUGGCCAUUGGUACUGCACUGAUGUAUGCCUACACUGGAGAGCUGUAUCCCACAGUGAUCAGGAACACUGCGCUAGGCUCCUGUGCCAUGAUCUCUCGGGUAGGCAGUAUCAUCGCUCCCUACAUCAUGGCCUUGAGUACCUAUUAUAAGUAUUUGCCAUACAUUUUACUGGGGAGUCUUCUUGUGCUGUCAGCUAUGGCCAUUCCUCUUUUACCAGAGAGCUUUGGCCAUCCUCUACCAGAGACCAUUAAGCAGAUGCACAAACGAAAGUGGCUAACGUGCCCAUCUCUGAAGAGGAUGAGAGACCAUCUGAAAAGCCCAAUGAUGAAGCCAAAUGACACUAGAUUGUAAUUACUUUAUAACUGCUUUGAAAAUACACUAAAAGUAUGUGGACACCGUUUCAAAUGAGUGGAUAUGGCUAUUUCAGCCACACCGGUUUCUGACACGUGUAUACAACUGAGCACACAUCCAUGCACUCUUCAUAGACAAACAUUGGCAGUAGAAUGGCCCUUACUGAAGUGCUCAAUUACUUUCAACGUGGCACCGUCAUAGGAUAACACCUUUCCAACAAGUCAGUUCAUCAAAUUUCUGCCCUGCUAGAGCUGCCCUGUUCAACUGUAAGUGCUGUUAUUGUGGAGUGGAAAUGUCUAGGAGUAACAACGGCACAGCCGCGAAGUGGUAAGCCACACAAUAACUGUUUGUCGGGAGCUUAAUGAAAUGGGUUUCCAUGGCCAAGCAGCUGCACACAAGCCUGAGAUCACCAUGUUUAAUGCCAAGCGUCGCUGGAGUGGUGUAAAGGUCGCCGCCAGUGGACUCUGGCGCAGUGGAAAUGCUUUCUCUGGAGUGAUGAAUCACGCUUCACCAUCUGGCAGUCCGACAGACGAAUCUGGGUUUGGCGGAUGCCAGGAGAAUGCUACCUAACCCAAUGCAUAGUGCCAACUGUAAAGUUUGGUGGAGGAGGAAUAAUGGUCUGGGGCUGUUUUUCAUGGUUUGCGCUAGGCCCCUUAGUUCCAGUGAAGGGAAAUAUUAACGCUACAGCAUAAAAUAAUAUUCUAGACAAUUCUGUGCUUCCCAACUUUGUGUCAAGUUUGGGGAAGGCCCUGUCCUGUUUCAGCAUGACAAUGUCCCUGUGCACCACGUGAGGUCCAUACAGAAAUGGUUUGUUGAGAUUGGUGUUGACUGGCCUGCACAGAGCCCUAACGUCAACCCCAUCGAACACCUUUGAGAUUAAUCGGACUGCCGACUGCGACCAUGGCCUAAUCGCCCAACAUCAGCGCCCGACCUAAUUAAUGCUCUUGUGGCUGAAUAGAAGCCCUGCAGCAAUGUUCCAACAUCUAAUGGAAAGCCUCCCCAGAAGAGUGGAGGCUGUUAUGCCAGCAAAGGGGGACCAACUACCUAUUAAUGCCCAUGAUUUUGGAAUGAGAUGUUCAAUGAGCAAGUGUCCACAUACUUUUGGCCAUACAGUGUAUUUUUAUUUGGUGUUUUGUCCAGUGUAUAUAUACAUAAUUUUUCUUACAUUUUUUAUUUUCAUUGCAUUGAUCAUGCCAUAUAUUGUAUAAGACAAGUGUUUAUUGUUGGCUUUCAUAUGAAUGUCUUCAUAGCGUGUUAAUAAAAAAAAUGUGACACUUUGCUUAACCUA